CAGCCGGAUCAGCUCCUCUUCAGCGCAGACCGGAGUCCACCUGGAACCAGAACCAUGGAUCUGGACCUGACCGUCAUCCUCCCAGCCUUCCUCUUCACGGCGCUCGCGCUUUAUGUGGCUUCAUCGCUGCUCAGCAGGAAGCCUGGUCCACCCUCCUCUUCCUCAGCCCGGACCAACAAACCCAAAGUGGGAUGCGGAGCCGGAGACCUCUGUCCAGAACCAGAACCAGAACCAGCAGAGAAGAACCGGACCGGUUCGAACCUGAAGGCUGUUCCACAACCAGAACCAGCCGUCAAACAGGGAACCGCUCAAGAAGCUUUUCCAGAACCAAUACGGACACAGGAAUCUUCUCCAGACCCAGUAGAAGCUGCAGCACCUUUCCAAGACGCAGCUAAAGAACCAGAACUUAUUACAGAACCGGGUAAAGAAACAGAACCUGCUAAGGGGAGAGAAGGAGAACCGGAAUCCUUUCCAGAACUGAUUGCGGAUCAGAACCUUGUCCCUGAAACAUUAACCGCUCUAGAAGCAGCUCCAGAACCGGCUCCAGGACCUGGUCCAGGACCUGGUCCAGUCACAGGAAGUCUAGUAGAAGCAUCUGUUGUUCCAGAACCACCUGCAGCAUCAGAAUCCAGUCCUGUUCCAGAACCAGUCAGGCUGAAUGAUCCAGUUUUUAAGGAACCAGAACCUGAAGUUGUCCAACAGCCAAAGACUGAAGAAGAGAAAGUUGAUGGAAUGGAGUCAGAACCAGUACCUGAAACCGUCUCUGAACCCACUGGGCCUGCUGAAGAACCAGAACCAGAACCAGAGGCUCCUCUGAAAGAUGUUGCUCCAGCUGCAGAUCAGCCUGAGAUUGUUGCACAAGGUGAACCCAGCAGGAUGGAGGCGCUGAUGCAGGAGGAGGAGGUGCAGGUGGAGCAGAGGAUAGAGCUAACCUCUGAUCUGACCCGUCUGUGAGCUGAUCCAGACCUUCUCAGAAGAUGAGAAACAGCUUCCUUCCUGUUCGGAUCGGAGAUCUGGUUUAUUCGCUGACUUGUUUCCCUCCAUGACUCUGUUUGUAUUUUUGGGUUGAAGGUUUGAGCAGAAUGUCGGAGAGCUGCGCUUUUAUCCUGAUUUUAAUCUGUUUCCUAACGAUCGGCUGUUUCUGUUGCUGCUGCAGCUUUAUUUCAUCUGUUAAUAGUUUAUUUUCAUUUAAAACAGGAAAUAAAAAUGU